CGGCCAUUCGUAACCGUCAUCUCAAUCAACGGCUAACACAGCAUCGAACCUCCAAUUCUAUCCCCAGGCAGCAAUGGCCAUCACCACCAUGCCGCUAACCUUCUCCCCGCCCCGCCACCUCCACCACCGCCAACCCAAGCCCCAGAGACCUUGCCCCGCCGCGCGCCUCGCGCCACUCACGCGCCGGCGAGCGGCUGCCACGUGGCUCCGCUGCGCCCCCGACGGCGAGGCCUCGUCGUCCCCGGCCACCGCCGAGCAGCAGCCGCAGCAGCAGGAGGAGGAGGAGUUCAUUCUUCUCGCCAACAACCGCAGCGACUUCAACGAGGUCAUCAUGGUCAUCGACUCGCCCUCCAACCGCUACCUCGUCCUCGACCCCAGCCGGAAUGUCCACAGCAUUCUCCCCAAGAAGAGCGCCUGGACCAAUUCCUACUGGGAUGAGUUCGUGAGCCUACCUGCUGUUGUUCCACGCGGUCCUGUUGCACUUCUAGGUUUGGGUGCUGGGACAGCAGCACAUCUGAUGCUAGAAGUUUGGCCUUGGAUACAACUUGUUGGAUGGGAGAUUGACCCGAUGAUAAUCGAAUUGUCAAGGGACUAUUUUGGUAUGUCUAAUUUAGAGAAGACCACAGAAUUAGGUGGUUCACUUACAGUGCAUAUUGGGGAUGCACUUUCUCCAUCAGCUACAAUUGAAGGAGGAUUUGCUGGCAUUGUUGUAGACUUGUUUGCUGAUGGAAAAGUCUUACCUCAGCUACAAGAAGCUAAAACUUGGUUGGAAAUUGCGAAAAAGCUAAUGCCAGAUGGUCGAAUCAUGGUUAACUGUGGUGGAGCAGAUACCGCUGUAUCUCUUGCUGCUGAUACAGGUGUUUCAUCCUGGGUUCAGAAUCCUACAAUUAAGGCUCUAUGUUCUGCAUUUCCUGGACAGCUAAACUGGAAGAGACUUUCAGAGAAAGAGAGUGUAAAUUAUGUAGCAUUGACUGGUCCUCUUCCAGACUUGGAGGAGUGGUCUAUCUCGGUUCCUAGUGAGUUAAGCGCAAGAGUGAAACAAUGGGUACCUUGCGAGCUUGCGUGAGGAUGGGCCUUUUCUUCUAGUUGCACCCUACUUGCUUGAACAACUCUGUCCAUCUCCUCCCUCCAUGGCCCAUUUCUGGUGAGUAGUAGCUGCAGCCAGUAGGUUUCCUCGACCACACAUAAUUAUUGGGUGUACUUGUGUACUUUGUGUUCAAGGUUUGUUUAAGGCCAUCUGCAUUCGAAGAAUUAAGUACCAUAUCAACACCCUCAUGUUCAAGGGAUAGCAGCGCAGAAGGUAGGGCAUCUACCUGGACCCAAGUUUUGUUCCUGAAGCUGAAAGCGAAGGGCAAGCAUCGGUUAAUUGGAGUUGACCCGUCUAAUCCUGAAAUCAGGUCCUGGCCACCAUGCUGGAGGAACUUCGGAAAUCAGAACAUUCUGCAAUACAUUUUUUGUCAUCUCCUGUUAACCUGCUGUUAAUGUUGAUGAUUUCUUUCUAUUUUAAAAAUAGUGUUGAUGAUUUCAUGUCUUGGCAGUGCCGCAAAGUGACAAAGUCCAUUUGUCUGAA